ACCACACAUGUGAAAUACUCUGUUGAAUCAGGAACUUCAAUGUCUUGUCCACACGUUGCAGGCGUAGCCGCUUACGUCAAGACGUUUCAUCCUGAAUGGUCUCCUUCCAUGAUUAAAUCUGCCAUUAUGACAACAGCUUGGUCGAUGAAUGCUUCACAAGCUGAUUAUGCAUCAACCGAGUUUGCUUAUGGAUCUGGCCAUGUAGAUCCAAUAGCUGCUACUAAUCCAGGACUCGUUUAUGAUAUAACCAAAGCAGACUACAUGGCGUUCCUCUGUGGCAUGAACUACAAUGCGACUACCGUGAGACUCAUCUCCGGGGAAGCCGUCACUUGCUCUGAAAAGAUCUUACCUAGAGAUCUCAACUAUCCAUCAAUGUCGGCUAAAUUAUCGGGAUCUGAUAUCUCUUUCACCGUCACUUUCAAUAGAACCGUCACUAACGUCGGUGGCUCCAACUCUACUUACAAAUCAAAAGUUGUCUUAACUCACGGAGCCAAGCUAAACGUCGUGGUGUCGCCUCGUGUUCUAUAUAUGAAGUCUGUGAAUGAAAAGCAGUUUUUCACGGUGACUGUUUCUGGCCGGGGUCUUGACCCAAAUAUGCCUUCGUCUGCAAGUCUAAUCUGGUCUGAUGGGACUCAUAGUGUAAGAAGCCCAAUUGUUAUUUAUGCUGGUAUCUUCCGAUCAUUAUCACCGUAGCUGUUAUCGUCACUACGGACAUCAUAGAUCAUUAGUAUUGCUAUGAUUUAAGACAUUGUAUGUUUUAGUAAUAAUGUAAUAUUAUUGCUCUGUACUCUGUUGAUGUCUUACGAGUUAGGACAUCGAAUGAGAUCAUUCAACUUUUGUGUUA